GGCUCGGCAAGCGGCAUGAGCGGGACGGCGGAGGUUAAAGUGAAAAUACCUUUUGGAAACAAAUACCUUGAUGCUAUCUUCUCUGUCCCAGAGAAGAAAUCAACACAUGGAGUGAUUCUUACCCAUGGAGCUGGAGGAGAUAUGAAUUUCCCUCACUUAGUGUCUUUGGCAGCCUAUCUUGCAUCCCAUGGAGUUCUGUGCCUGCGGUUUACUUGUAAAGGCCUUAAUGUUACUUAUAGGAGUAAGGCCUUCAAAACAGUUGUGGAAUACUUAAAGCUUUCUGAUGAUUAUAAACUUUCGGGUGUCUUCCUUGCAGGCCGUUCCAUGGGCUCACGAGCUGCUGCCUCUCUGAUACGUCAGCUUAGCCAGGAUGACGACGACAAUGACUUCGUUCAAGGUCUAGUAUGUUUGUCUUACCCAUUGCAUCGACCGAAACUCCAGUCCAAGCUCCGGGAUGAAGAUUUGUUAUUCAUCAGGUGUCCAGUGCUGUUUGUCUCGGGAUCAGCAGAUGAGAUGUGUGAAAAACAAUUGCUAGAAGGUGUGGCAAGCAGAAUGAAAGCCCCUAAAAAAAUCCAUUGGAUUGAUAAAGCAAACCAUGGGAUGGCAGUCAAAGGACGAACAGCAGACGAUGUCAUGGAAGAAAUAAAUGCUCAAGUUUUUUCUUGGCUUAGAGAGAAUAUUGAACUGGAGCACAAAUGAUUUGCUGUGUUUAAGCAGUGUCUUCAUUUAGCUUUUCCUAAAUGUGGCAAAUCAGAGUUUGUUAUUUCCAAAAGGCAUAUUUUUUAAAACGUGUAUUUUCAGAGGUCUAAGUGGAAGUGCAAAUAACACUUCUUUUUUGUAUGAAUAAAAAAAAAAUAUGCAAAACAAUAAAGAACUUUUUAAAGGAA